AUGGCAGACGAGAUUGUUGACUACUGUACGCCUCUUAUGCGGUUGAUCACCUUGCUGCUGAUCGAAACAUAUGCACCGGCCAGAGCAGCUUUGAAGUACCAUCCCGACCGUGUCCCGGCCGAUUCCCCCGAACGGGCCGAGCGAACGAAAAAAUUCCAACAAGUGAACGAUGCCUACUAUACCCUGUCUGACAAGAACCGGCGGGGCGCAUACACCACAGCCCACAGCACCAAAUACUUCAAGGGCGCGUAUGCCACACCACCUCAAUCAGACGAAUAUUCCGCCGAGCAAUUUGGUUCUAUGUUUGAGGAAAUGCUUCGAGAAAAUGGCAUGAUGGGCGGUGGCCGUGGGGGCGUAGGUGCAAACACCAAGGCUGAAGGCGAGAAGUUCGACCUCCGUGCGAACGGCAGGUGGUUCUGGUCUAUCAUGGGCGCUAUCGGCGGUGCAAUCCUGGGAUUCAUCAUUGCCAACUUUACGGGUAUGGUGGCAGGGACGGUCGCGGGUAAUCGAAUCGGCGCCAUCAGGGACCGCGAAGGGAAGAGUGUCUAUGCCGUGUAUCAGGAGCUGCCAGCGUCCGACCGGACGAGGCUGUUGGGUCAGCUGGCUGCGAGAAUGCUGCAGUCUACCAGCAGAUCUGCAGCAUCCAACGAGGUCCUCGGUUCUAGAUCCUCCAAGUAUGAUCUCAUCGCUCUCCAAGUUUAA